AUGCCGUAUCGCUGCUGCGUCGAAGUCGGGGUCGGCACAUUUGCGACAGGUUGGCCCACCUUUUGCGUGAAAUCAAAACCUCAGAAAAUUAACUUCGAGAUUUUAAGGGCGGGAUUACCGAUUGAACCGUCCUACAUCCCUGCACGUCUGCUAGGCCUCACCGAUAGAAUGACGUUUCUCCAGCGAGUGCAGAAUGUCCUGGCUCACGUGUAUUACCGAUUAUGGUUGUUCCUAGCGUUCGACUUUAAGGGUUUCGAUCAGCUUAAAGUCAAGCAUAACAUCCGGCCAGAGAUCAGCACUUAUGAAUCCAACAACCACGCUUCAUUCUACCUAUUCCACGGGAGCUUUGCCUUAGAGUUUCCUAGACCAAUGCAACCCAACACAGCAUACGUCCUCUUCAAAGCUGGUUCAGCCACUCACACAACGAUUGAAUACGAUGUGGCGAAUUUUCUAGACACAGCUCCCAAUGGCGUGGUUUUGUUUUCGCUAGGCACUCAUGUUUCACGCAUGGAGCGCCAAAUGACCCAGGUAAUCGCUGAUGGUUUCGCUUUGCUUCCACAACGGGUCCUCUGGCAGAGCGCAGCAGGGUUACCCACUGGAGUCAAGCUGGCAAACAACACCAAGAUUGUUCGCAGGUUGCCAUUAUCCCAGAUCAUGGAACAUGCCAACGUGAAAGUGUUCGUGAGUCACGGCGGUAGUUUUAGUAUGUACGAGGCGAUGUGGGUUGGACUACCAAUGGUGGGUCUACCUCUCUUCGAAGACCAGGAGGACAACUUUGACCGGCUAGAGGACCGGGGGGUGGGGCUAGCUCUUGACAUCACCACCUUAACGCCGGAGUUACUGAGUCAAACCAUUCAGAAAGUCAUCUCCGACCAAAAGUUCCGAGACAACGCACGGCGUAUAUCCAUGAUCAUGCAGGAUAUGCAGGCCAUGUCUCCACCAGUAAAGACUGUUGCUCACUGGAUCUUGCACGUCACCAAGUUCGGCGGAGAUCACCUGCGUCCGGCCGUACUGGACCUGAACUACAUCCAACGGAACCUUCUCGAUGUGUAUCUCUUCAUUUUGACCAUCUUGGCGUUGGUCCUAGGGGUGAACUUUUAUCUAUGCUUUUGCUGCUGUAAGCGAAUGUGUGUUAAGGCCGGGAGAAGCCAUCUUAAAAAGGAGUAGGUUUCACCAUUCAUUUUGGUAACCAAUAGGGUUGCUUACUGUUGCCAUUCUCUCCAAAUUAACACAUUUAAGCAUUGUUUAAUCCUGUGUGACUGUUUUACCAAUGAACAAAAAGUGCGUUGCUACAGACAUAUGCCUACAAUUGUUAUAAUUGUAGCUAUAAUUACAAUUUGCAAGCUUUAACCAGCUACGUGUACCUUGACAGGUAAUCUCAGGGGAUUGUAGAAUCGUAGAAAUCUCGUUAUUCAACGCAAAC